CCAUAUAGAUAUGUACCUCAAUUACGAUCUUGAUUGAGCAAAAACACAUAUUAUUAAGGAAAACUGCAGAAAGAUGAAUUAGAUCUUUUCAAAAUAGAAGCCUAAUAAGUAAUACAUUCUUGAAGACUUUUAAAGUAACAUUCCCAAUAUCAGAUGGUGACAGUUGUUACAGUGUUAGAACUCUUAGCUUAUCACUGUCUAGGACCAAGAAGAAGAAAACAUCUUAGGUGUGCUCUAGAAUUCUAGCAUUAGGGUAAGUUAGUCCUAAGUUAACCGCAAUUAAACCACUCGAUCCUCACCGUUGGUUUGCUCCCAAAACUGGCUUGAGGAGGACAGAUUGGUGCAAUUAGUGGUGGCAUUGCAUGUUAAGUUGGUCUUUAGCAGUAGGAGAUGUAUGUUUGUUUCUGGGGCUCAUUCUAUAUGUAGGAAUGGUGAAUAUGCAUGCUGUUAUGAAUACGAUGGUGGUAAUGAAUUUUCUAUUUGGUCAUAGGCUAAUCUUCUCUCAGUAUUUUUGUUUUUUCUGGGUGCGACAUACAUUUUCCAGUCGAGUUUGAACUAAAGUUUUAUUAUGAAUUAACAGGUCAUAUAAAUUAUAGCAGAACCUAGUUAUACAGGGUUCUAGGAUGGAGAAUAGCGCUGGCAAUAGAGCAAACCAGAUGUUUUGGAGCAUUGUUAGUUUUUUUAGGAGAUGUCUUUUUCUUGUGAUUUCUGCUCGUCCUAUACCUCAUCACAUUGCCUUCAUCAUGGACGGAAAUAGAAGGUACGCUAAAAAGCGGAAGUUGAUGGAAGGGACUGGACAUAGGGUUGGUUUCGUAGCUCUCAUGUCCAUGCUCAAGUACUGUUAUGAGUUGGGUGUGAGAUAUGUAACAAUAUAUGCUUUUAGUAUCGAUAACUUCAAAAGGCAACCUGAAGAAGUUCAAUCCUUGAUGGACCUGAUGCAGGAAAAAAUCGAAGGGUUAAUUAAAGAAGAGAGCAUAGUUAAUCGCUAUGGAGUUAAGGUGCACUUUAUUGGGAACAUAAAGCUCUUGAGUGAACCUGUCAGGCUGGCUGCAGAGAGGGCUAUGGUGGCAACUUCAAAUAACUCCAAAGGAGUGCUAUCAAUAUGUGUUGCCUACACAUCUACUGAUGAGAUUAUGCAUGCUGUUCAAGAGUCAUGUGAAGAAAAAUGGAAUGAAAUUAGUGUAUUGAAUGCUAGUGGAGCUGGGUAUGAUCUAGAUAAAUUUGGAGAGAAUGAGAAUGAGGGAAGAGAAAACAUUGUACAAUUGACAGAUAUUGAAAGGCAUAUGUAUAUGGCAGUUGCUCCUGACCCUGAUAUUUUAAUUCGUACUUCUGGGGAGACCCGCUUGAGCAACUUUCUUCUGUGGCAGAGUGCAUACUGUUGUUUGUACACUCCCUCUGUGCUAUGGCCUGAGAUUGGAUUUCGGCAUUUUGUUUGGGCAAUCUUGAACUUUCAGUGUAACCGCUUAUAUCUGGAAAGAAAAAAGAAACAGUCAUAACAUACUCUGUUGAAUGAUCCCUUCCGGACUACCAUUCAGUGUAACAUAUACAGAUCAAAUGCAGGCUGGUACAGUUUUCUAGUGCUCUUGCCUGUAGUUCUUACCUGAGAUUGUAAAAUGACAUCUGCUGUAUCAUAGAAUAUUUUGAUCAGCACAGUAAAAUAGAUUUUUGGUCUGAUUUUUUGAUUUGCAUAGUUGACAUUUCCUAGCUGUGAUGAUAUGAAUUUGUACUUACCACUCUCUUCCAAAACAUUUCUGACUGUUCUUUGUGCGACACAAGAUCAUAUAAAGCUUUCAAGAUCUGAACUCUUGACUUGGUAGUUUCUUAGUGGGCUUGUCUCGACAUUAUAUUUUCUGUACUUGCUAAAUGGGGAACAUGUAGUUCACAUGUCUGCUUUUGGCGACUCAUGAAGGUAGGUUGAAAUCAUUAAGUUUGAUCUGAGUCAGUCCUGUGGUUCAGUUAAUCAAGUUCCUUGUUCUUACUCUUUGAACAUGGUGUAUUCCAAAUGCACUUGGGCUGUUUGUGCUGCAAUGACUUUAUUGAAAACACUAGGGCAUAUUGAAUUGUCAAGCAUCAAAGGAAAAACAUCUAUACAUUUGUGCUUAUCUACUGGUGCAAUUCAGGGUUAGCCCAACAAGGUGUGUCUUCACACUUGUCAGUUCUCCAGCUACCUUUUCGUUCUAUCCCUUGUUUAUUGUUAACCCAUUGAUAUAAAAUUUUAAAUAGUUGAUGGUGUCUGUUUCUGUUUUCGUUUCUGUUUGAUUAUUUUGCUAGGGACUUUGAGUCACUGACUGAUGCAUACAGAGGGAGACGCGAGUGCUGCACAGUUGAUAUCAGACUAAUUUCAGUUACUGGCUUAUCAAGCUUACUUGUUGAUUCUGGAACAGUAUUUUCAGCUUAAGUCAUCCA